AUGUCAUCCGCCUCUCCUAGAAAGAGCGUGCGAAAGGGAGGAAGCAAGGCUACCCCUGCCUUGACCAAGAGCUUGCCCCGGCAUCUGGUCAUUCAAGACAAUUUCCUUGCUCCUGACCUGGCUGAGAGCCUGAGAGGAACCUUCGACGAGAAUUUUCUCGAGCCAAGAUCAACCAACAUCAAGAGGUUUGUGUGGGACUACUGGCAUGUGCCUUCUCAGUACACGCUCAUCCGGACCUCGGCAGAAGACUAUUUCGACGCUGCUCAGUACGAGCGCUUGACAUCGGCACUGACGGACUUCGGGCAGAAGCACCUCGGGUGCAACUCGAUCACGAAGCCAUGGCUCUCCUACUACGUGGACGGGUGCGAGCAGAGGAUGCAUACGGACAGCUGGCAUGGGCCCUUUGCAUACGUCCUGUCCCUGACCAACUGGGAGGAGCGGGAGUUCACGGGAGGAGAGACGUUUCUUAUGGAGUCUCUCGCUCUGGACUACUGGAGGAAUUUCGAUCCAAAAGUUGGACUAGAGGAGGACAAGCUGAUGUCCACGGUGGAGCCGCAUUUCAACAGGCUGACGCUCUUUGAUCCGAGAAUCCCUCAUGGAGUGAGGGCAGUGCGAGGAACGAAAGAUCCUCGGAAGAGUCGGCUGGUGCUGCACGGCUGGUUCACAGACCUGGGGACGCCCUUCUACGAGGCAGGAGGAAUCUCAGAAGAAUCCGCGACGGAGGUCUUGAACGAGGCGCUCCAGCCACUUUAUGACUCCCUGGCGAACAAAUGCAGCCGCGUCAUCGGCGUCCUGAACGUCAGGCUUGACGUGGACGGGGCGACAGGGAGGGUGACGAAGUUGUCGUCAGUCGCCGACACCAUGGUCGCGGACCCGCUGGACCUGAUCGAGGGAAACACGCCAGAGGAAGUUCGAGCGAGUGUCCUGAAAGAGAUUGAGCGGCACCUCAAAGACCUUCAGUUUGACUCCAAAGGACAAGAUUCUUCCAUCACCCUCCCCUUCAUCUUCGAAUAG